AUGACAUUAACACGUACCAGCUCCUUCCGUCCAAGCCGUCGCUAUUCCCAUCCCCCACGUCACCUUUCUCCGGUUAUCAUCACCCUUCACCUCUACUUGAUCCAGCUCUCCCUCCUCCCAUCGUCUUCACUCGCUACACGCCUUUCCAACCCAGAAGGUCUUCCAGUUCUUGGUCGCACCAAGUCGGAUCUCUGUGCUCUCGACGUGGAUCAAUCCCGGUACGCUCUGGAUCUCGUGCAGCUCGCACUGCCGCCGUCCCUUUCCCACCCUUCGGAUCUUGACGCUUCCCAAGCUUUUCCUACGGUUUUCUGCUUUGUCAACACCAUCUCCGUGUACCACAAGACCCGGGCUCAAGCAGUCGCGGAGACGUGGGGUCAGCGCUGUACUAAGCUCGUGUUCUUCAGCAAUACUACCGACACGAUCGUUGUUGGUGGGGCCAACUCGGCCAACGAGCGGCACUUUGACGUGAUUGCGAUCGACGCUGUUGCUGAUCACAAUCAUCUAUGGCAAAAACAUCGAGCCACACUUCGGUAUGUGCAUCAGCACUUUCGACACGAGUACGAGUGGUUCUACAAAGCUGAUGACGAUGCAUACGUGAUACUGGACAACUUGAGGCAGUACUUAACAAGACCAGAGAUCAUGGAGACGUACAAGCGCGAGCCAAUGCAACUGGGGCACAGGUUGAAUUUAACGCAAGACCUUGUGAGCUAUUACAUUGUGGACGAGGCACUGGAAGAGAUCUGGAGAACGAGAUGGGACCGAUGGGUCUUCAACUCGGGGGGACCGGGGUAUGCCAUGAAUCGACUCUACCUCGACCAGAUUGUCCAGACUUUGCCAGACUGGACGUGCUUGUCGGAUCGGUACAGUGAAAUGCUGCCGGACGAUGCAUCGAUCUCGUUCUGCAUGAUGUGGCACGACGUCUUGCCGUGGGAUACGCGGGACCACCAAGGACGAGAGCGAUGGCACGCUGAUCGACCCAAAGGCGUCUUUUUCACGGAUCCGAGUCGAGCGGAGGAGUGGUACGUCCAAUACCAUCAGCAUAUUGGUGGCGUACGGUGGAAGCAAGAAAGCACGGCGCCGGAUAGCGUGGCUUUCCAUUACAUUAGUCCAGCGCUCAUGUACCAUCUUGAACGCACGCUGUACUUCUGCCGCACUGGAGACGAUGUGCCCACCAUUGCUGCCUUCAACGAGAGGUACAAUUUAGCUAUAGGUGACGCUGUCAUGGUGUACCAGGAUGAAAGUGCCGUAUCGGGAUAG